AACAGUGCCAUUUUUAGACGUUUACUGCUGACGUUUACAGCGGCUUCAAAUAGCUUCCGUUUCACUCUGGUAGUGAUUGGACUGUACUCACCCAGAGAGAGCCAACACACGGUGGGUGAACAAGUCCGACGAUCCACACUUCAAUGGAGGAACAGCCCAAAGAUCGGGCACAAGACAGGCAAUAUCACCACCACGGAGAGGACAGAAACUCUAUUCAACGUACAACCUGUCUAAACAAUGAUCAGAGCCACUUCCAGUGCCAGCAUCAGGAAACGCAGACGAAGAAAACAGGCAAUAAAAAAGUAAACAUCAGUGAAGAGGAGGGGGAGAAGAAUACACAUCUGUCUGAUACUGUUGGUAUGCCACAUCCCCCCAACAGCAAUAGUAACAGACACAUAAGUAAUACAAAUGUGAAGCAGAAGUCGACGCAAAAGCUGUACACGACUGUUCCAAAAGCGAGCAGCAAAGGGUUGGACCAUAAGAAGAAUAUGGACCUUAAAAAUGACAAAGAAAAGGCUUUGGAUUUGAAUCAUCAUGAGGGCCAACCUUUGGAUAAGAAAGACAAUGUGUUGCUUCAAAAUGGCGUUGAUUUUGGAAACUGUGGCUUAAUUACAAAUGGCUAUUCUAGCAAGGACAAUGAUGGCAGUGGCUCCGAAGGUGGAUAUACUACUCCCAAGAAACGCAAGGCCAGAUGUAACAACGUCAAGAACACUGAUAAUGUGAUAAGAGAAAAGGAGGCAGACAUGCAGCAGGGCAACACUACACAGGAGCCUGGGGCUUUUAAUCUUGAGACAACUGAGAAGGGAGUGACUUCCAGACUUGAUGGCUUUAGAGCCACCCAUAAAGUGGAAGCUCAGUCAGCAGCUAGACGGGCUGUUGCCUCAGAGGCUUCAGUGGGUGAUUCGCAGAGGAAAAACUCUGAUGGAAAAACAGUUGGCACCUUUGGUAAAAAGACUGAGGAAAGGCACAAAGCCAAGCUCUCCUCACCUUCAAAAGAGGACUCAUGGACUUUGUUCAAGCCCCCUCCAGUAUUUCCUGUGGACAAUAGCAGUGCUAAAAUUGUUCCCAAGAUCAGUUAUGCAAGUAAAGUAAAAGAGAACCUCAACAAAGUAGCUCAAGGUGGAGGAGAGGCACUGCCUCCACCUGUGAGACUGACACAGGUCCCCAUGUCUGCUAUGAAAACUAUCACCUCAGCUAGCUUUACUAAUGGUCCUGUUUCUGGAAAUGGAAACGGCUGCCCUUCAGUGGGUACCUUCUUUGCUCCUGCUGCUAGUAGUAUUCCACCAGCCCAAUCUAUCCCAAGUGGCGAGAAUGUAGCAUCUCCUUUGGAAAGUAACUGUAGCUCUACAACCAGUAAUGUAGACGGAGAAGAAUAUGAGCAUAGAAAGUGUACUCUUUUAAUUUACCCUUUAAAUAUGCAACCUGUGCUCCCUAGUGCUCGUCACCUUGACCCACCGGCUGCUCAGACAAAUCAGAAAGCCUUGGUAGACAUCUUCCAGAAUCCGUGGGGGCUUUCCUUCAUCAAUGAGCCCAACCUGCGGCCAGAGGGAGGGAGUGGGCAGGUGCCUGCAGAGGAUAAGACUACUGUGGUCACACCUCAAAGCGAGUGUCCGGCUAUUGCAGGAAAGGCUGCCCAGACCUGCUUUGAAGCUAGCCCAUCAUUCUUACAGCCAGGCACGUUGGCUCAAGACCCAGAGAAAAGGACUUGCAGCAUUUGCGAUGUGUCUAACGCUUGUUCUCCUGUUUGUGUGAUGAGCGAGGAGGAGAACAAGCUGCAGCCAUGUGGCCAGGAAAAGACAAAAGUUGAGUCUAAGAGUGCAGGUUCUGCUGUGUCAGUCCCCAGUAAAGACAACGGUGCUAAGCCUGCACAGGGUCAGAUAACCACAGUGUUGUUUGGCUCGUCUAAAGAACAGGCCCACUCUAAAGACAUUGGCAGAAGGUGUAGCUUGGGGACCUUCGAUGUUAAAGCUGCUGUCACUUAUCACACUAAAGAAAUGGAAUUCAUUUUCAACUUGCAAAAACAAGAUCCAAAAAGAGUAGUGGUUUAUGAUGUGACCAAGGAUGGACCUGAUCAGUGAGGUAGAUGGUCUACAGUACUUACCUACUUCUCUCCUGGGUGCUGCGGUUAUCUGCCUUGGAAAUCAUAAAUCCUGUUGUGGAUAGAUAAAAGUGACAACUGUGAAAACAUUGAUAGUUUAGCAUGACAGAUUUUCCUUGGAAUCUCGGGUGGAAUAAGAGACUUCAUUUGGGGGCAUCAGACAAACACACACACACACACACACACACACACACAUACAUAAACACACUACGGAGGGAUGUUAAAGGAGUGGAUUGGUGCCUCUUCAAUGUGAUGAAUGGACACUUGCAACUUUUGGGCUGUGACAGUCGUUUGUCUCACGGCUCUGUAGGGAUGACGUUCGGGGAGUUCAACAAAAAGGAAGGUGUCACAGACUGCACCUCCUAAGCCUUUAUCCUGUUGAACUGUGGCAGCCGUCGGUCUGACUAUGGGAUGCCUCAGUCAUUUUCUUUCUUCACGCGUUCAAAUGAGUUCAUUGUAGAUAUGUUAGACGUUAUACAUACACAUCUGUGUGCAAGCUUGAAUUCAUCGUGAACGAAAGGAGAACACACUUUUGAAAAGAAUGCCUUGAAGUCAUGGAAUAAAGAUCCCUGGAGUCCUGUUAAACUGUAAACUGAGUGGAGGCUUGUAGGUAAAUCCCCUCCACCCCCCACCCCACCCCCCCCCCAAAAUCCAGGAAAGGAGAAC